AUGGCCACUUCAACUUCCACGCCACCAAUCUCCUUCACGAGGCUAAAGCAAAUCGCCAACGAUGCUUGCCAAAGUGCUCUAGGGGGUAUCGAUUGCUACGAACACUCAAAAACCGAGGGAUGGAACACAACGAUAAUUAACUCCAUCCUUCGCUCCCUGAUCUCCGAAUCCUCUCCUGCUGGGGGAACCCCAUCAUACAAAUACGCAGUCAACAGCACAAUCAUCCAACACCUAGUCCCAACAUCUGCGUUGAACAAAGCCAAGGCGAAUCAAGAAUCAUCGAUACCCAAGACAGAAGAGAGCGACGCGAAGAUUUCAACAAGCGAUUCGAACGCAGAUGCUACAGGAACUGAUGGUAAACCACAUGUUGGCCGGAGGGGAAUGCACAGUGCAACGGGUGCAUAUUGGAAUGAGAAGACUGAUGGGAUGUGGAGCUUCAAGUACGAAGGAGGGGAGGGCAAAGGCCUUGAUGUCGUGAUCAGCGUGAUUUGGAUCUCAUUAUGA